AUGGCGGCAGGUCUGCUCUCGCUUAUCGGAGGGGCCCGGCGGGCGCUGACGGGGAGCGCGCGCGCGACGGAGCUGUUCCCGCAGACGCGGCCCGACGUCGACGGCGAGGCCUGCGAGCACGACUGCGACAGCUGCACCGUGAAGUACCCGCGGCACUUCAAGGUCGAGGAGUCGCACCCCCUGUACGGUAACAUCAAGCCGUGGAGCACGCACGUCAUCGUCGCGACUAGUAAGUCCGACUGGAAGAGGGAUGUCGAGGAUGAGAAGGGGAGCGUGAUGGAGGCCUUUGGACAUGCUAGUAAGCCUGGCAAUGGGCGCCUCAUGCUCUCCGCGUCCAACAUGCACACGCCGUCCCACCAGGCGGAUUACUCGCAACCCACGUCGAUCCUGGUGCUCCCCGCCUUCACCAUCAUCGACAACGUGACGCCCCCGGCCGUCCCGUCCCUCGUCAGCAAGUACAUCUCGCGGGCGCCCACGACGUCGGACCCGCUGGACCCGAUCGCGCUGCCGAAGACGAUCCCGUCGUCGCGCUCGGCCGUGGGCGACAUGCGGGCGCGCGCGUGCCCGCACCGCGCCGUCGUCCUCCUGUGCUCCCACCGCACGCGCGACGCGCGCUGCGCCCAGAGCGCCCCGCUCAUCAAGAAGGAGCUCGAGCGCCACCUGCGCCCGCUCGGCCUCGACCGCGACCUUGACGACGAGCGGCCCGGCGGCGUCGGCAUCUACUUCGUCAACCACGUCGGCGGCCACAAGUACUCCGCCAACGUCCUGAUCUACCGCCGCCCCGACGCCUUCGGCCUAGACAAGGUGGAGCGCGGCAGGCUGCCGCCGGGCCAGGAGCCGCAGGUUAAGGUCGUGAAGCCGGUGCCGGCGCCGGAAGAAGAUGGGGGGGAAGGGAAGGGGCAAGGGGAGCCGGAUGUUGGUGCCGCGCAGUGUAUCUGGCUGGCGCGGGUGAGGCCUGAGGACUGCGAGAAUCUGGUCCGGUAUACGAUCUUGCAGGGUAAAGUUGUCAAGCCUGAUAAGCAGCUGAGAGGCGGGUUUGAUCGGAGCACGGGGAUGAUGAGCUGGUAG